AUCACCCCCAUCAUGCCUCGAAAACGUUCACGGUUUGAACUUAGCGUCCAUAGCCUAUUAUUAUCGGCUGCAGUAUUGUCAGGUGCUGCCUCCGCCUCAGGCUACUAUCCGCCCUCUCAACAAGUUCCCAUCAUCCCGCCCCAGAUACCUUUGAAUGGGGCCGAGGCUACACCAAACACCCAUGAGUUUUCUCUGCGCCAUAUCUUUCACCGAGGUACCUAUGAACAACCCGACCUUCAUGCGAGACUCGACGUCAAGCCAGACACUCGCCUUCGAACUGUAUCCGAAGAUGGCUACGAAGAAGAAUAUAUUGCAUCAGAGUCCUCUCUUUUUGCUUCAUCCAGUCCUCUCACAAUACAACGGCUAGCCGAUCGGCGACUCCCGGUGAUUCAAGGUCACUUGGCAGCUGCGCAGUCUUCGGGCUUUGCGGCCGUCUCUCCACUAGAAUGGGUCAUGGACACAUUGCCUGGACCGAAUAUUACAAACAAGCAGACCAUCUUGACAUUUGCACAAAUGACUGCAAAUGACUAUAUUGAGGAGCCUGGAACAGGACAGUGGCACACUAUCAAUGGCAGAUUCAACUAUUCGGGGAGCUUUGGUUGGCAAAAGGAUGGACUGAGAGGGCACAUCUACUCCGAUAAGACAAACGCCACUGUUGUCAUUUCUCUGAAGGGCACUUCGCCCGCUCUUUUUGAUGGCGCCGGUACCACAACAAACGAUAAAGUCAACGAUAAUCUAUUCUUUAGUUGUUGCUGCGGCCAAGGAGGCUCAUAUCUAUGGAGACAAUCCUGCGAUUGCCAGAGUGCUACAUUCACGGCAAAUCUGACAUGCAUCGUCGAGUCCAUGACUGACGAAAACCGUUAUUACCGGGCAGCGAUCGACCUAUACUCUAACGUGACCGAGCUCUACCCGGAUGCAAAUAUUUGGAUGACAGGCCAUUCGCUGGGUGGUGCAAUGACAAGUCUGGUUGGAUUAACGUUUGGGUUGCCUGUGGUCACUUUCGAGGCCGUCCCAGAAGCAUUACCCGCAGCUCGACUUGGCCUCCCAAGUCCGCCGGGCUAUGACUCACGGUUUCCACAGUCGCGACAGUUCACUGGAGCCUACCACUUUGGACAUACAGCAGACCCAAUAUAUAUGGGAACCUGCAAUGGAAUCAACUCUAUCUGUACAUGGGGCGGCUAUGCAUUGGAGUCAGCAUGUCACACCGGCCAGGUGUGCACGUAUGACACUGUGGCAGACAAGGGCUGGCGUGUCGGUCUUGGAACCCACAAGAUUGAGAACGUGAUAUCUGAUGUUAUUUUGAAAUACGACAGUGUCCCCUCAUGUGUCGCAGAGGAAGAAUGCUUCGACUGUGAACUCUGGAAGUUCUUCCGAAGUAACGGUUCUGAGGUCACAACUACUACAACUACCACCACUACCACAUCUCCCUCCAGAACUUCUACGUGCAAGACCCCCGGGUGGUGGGGCUGUCUGGAUGAAAGCACAACCGCUACCACUACGACUACGACUUCACCGACAAACACUGCCACUACUACGACAUGCAUGACUCCUGGUUGGUUCGGGUGCAAUGAUCCUACUACCACAACAGCCACACCAGCACCCACAGUGACUACCACUUUUCCCACGGUGACUGCAACGACCAGCUGUCACGACCCAGGGUGGUUUGGCUGCCGUGACGGAACGAGCACGGUAGCUACGACUAUCACCAAUUCUACCUCGCCCACUUCCGCAACUUGUCAUAGCCCGGGAAAGAUCUGGGGAUGUUGGGAUGAGUCCACUAACACGCCUGCGAUCACCUUGGCGCCCGCUCCUACCAGCUAA